AUGACUUUCACCGUCUUCCUUGCCGGUCUUCUCGCUGCCACCGCUGCUGCCCUCCCGCACUCCGCUCGAUCCGGAGAAUCCGGUGCCGUUGAGACCCGCGAUUCCGGCAGCGGCGGUCUUCAGAUCGUCAACAACAUGGGCACCGACGUCUACUUGUGGACCACCUCGUCCGACGCUGGUAGCAUGAAGACUCUCAGCACCGGAGGUGACUACAGCGAAGACUGGACCACCAACUCCAACGGUGGGGGUAUCUCCAUCAAGAUCUCCACCAGUGAGUCCAAGGAUAGUGUUCUUCAGUUCGAAUACACUCAGGAUGGCGAUACUCUGUUCUGGGACAUGUCCUCCAUCGACCUCGACGAAACUUCCGACUUUGUCAAGUCUGGCUUCACUGUUGAGCCCAGUGACUCGAGCUGCAAGUCAGUUUCUUGUGCUGCUGGAGAUGUGAACUGCAAGGAUGCUUACCAGCUCCCGGAUGACGUGAACACCUACUCUUGCUCUCUGAGCGCCGGUUUCACUCUGACUUUGGGAUAA